UCGAAAAUAUAUAUUUUUAAUAAAGUUAGCUAAUUAUUUUCCAAAGAAAUAAUAAUAAUAAAUAAAUAAAAAAGCUGUUGGUUACAGUUAGAUUAAAAGCGCGCGAAAGGUCUCAAGAGACUUAUUUAAACAAACCCAACUCUGUUCUUUCUUUCUUUCUUUCUUUCUCUAUCUAAUCUCUCUAUGAAUGUUCAAUUGUCUCCCAACAAAAAUAGCUUCAACAACUUCUCAUGAUCUCUUUCUUAUUAUUUCUUUAAUUCUAUAUAAUCAUUGUUUUCCUGGAAAGAAAGAAAAGAAAAGAAAACUAAGGCAAGAAGAACAACAACAUGGAUUUCCCAAACAAGAUCAAGUAUUUUUUGGAUAAAGAAACUGGUAAAAUAAUUGCGUUGAAGAGAAUCAACCUGAGGCAGGAACUACUUCAAGCUAUCCCUCUUACUGGAUCAUCAAUUUCACUUCAAGAACAACCCAUUGAUGUUGAGAUUCCUGCUAACGCAAUUCGACAAAUUUCCUUCUACAAGAUUCUCCACCAUCCAAAUGUUGCACGUUUGGAGUAUAUAGGAAUUGACCCUCAAGAUCAUUUUAUUCGUCUUGGAUUUGAGUAUGUUGGUGUGGAUCUCAGAAAAUUUCAAAAGGAUAAUCCCAUAAGAGCCAGUCACCCAAAGUUGAUAAAGAGGCUAAUGUAUCAACUUCUUAGUGGUAUUGCUUAUUACCAUUCUAUUAAUGCUUCCCAUGGAAAUAUCAAUCCCACGAAUGUGCUCAUAAGUUACAGAGACGAUGACAGUGAUGCUGAACAUGUCAAUUUACAGAUCACAGAUCUUGAUUUGCGUAUACAGCCAUCUUACCAAGCACCUGAAAUUUUUUUGGAGUCUAAUCAAUUAUCUAGUGCUGUUGAUAUGUUCUCUGCUGGUUGCAUAUUUGGUCAAAUGCUGAUUGGGAAACCAAUUUUCGAUAAAGAAGAUGAACUAGGCAGCAUUUUCAAGCUUUUGGGUACACCAACUAAACAAACUAUGCCUGGGGUGAUUGAUCUGGAUGAGAAACUUAAAAAGUACCAAAAACAUUCCCCAAAGGACCUGUCUGAACAAUUCAUUGAUGUUGAACCUGCUGGAAUUGAUCUUCUGUCUAAACUGCUGUGUUUGAAUCCAAGAGAAAGAAUUAUGGCUGCUGAGGCACUUAAGCAUCGUUACUUUGAUGAAAUUAAGGCAAAGAAACUCGUGGCUACACCAGCUGCUCAAGUGGGAAGCUCGUCUGCCGGGCCUUCUGCUGCAAUGGACAGCUCGGCUGCCUGGGCAUCUGCUCUCGUUGAAAGCUGGGCUGCUGUGGUUUCUGCUGUCGUGGACAGCUCGGCUACUGGUGCUUCUUCUGUCGUGGAAAGCUCAGCUACUGGGGCUUCUGCUGCCAUGGACAACUUGGCUGCCAGUGCAUCUGCUGUCGUUGAAGGUUCGGCUGCUGGGGCUUCUGCUGGCCUGGAAAGCUCGGCUGCUGGUGCGUCUUCUGUCAAGGAAAGCUCGGGUACUGGCGCUUCUUCUGUCAAGGAAAGCUCGGGUACUGGUGCUUCUUCUGUCAAGGAAAGCUCAGCUACUCACGCUUCUGCUGUGGCGGGCUGCUCGGCUACUGGGGCUUCUGCUGGCCUGGAAAGCUUGGCUGCUGGUGCUUCUUCUGUCGAGGAAAGCUCAGCUACUGGCGCUUCUGCCGGGGCGGGCUGCUCGGCUGGUGGUGGUUCUGCUUCUGCACAUGUGAAUCCUAAAAAUGUUUUUCCAUUUGGUUCAUGUUAUUGUUUGGUCAUAUAUGGAUGGACACAUUGCAUAUAAUUGUUUGUAUGAUAAAAAUGCAACGAAUUCAUUCAUUAUGUUUGGACACUUAAGGUAGGAUUAUAGUACGAUAUACAAAUAAACAUAUUGUAGGAUUUGCUUUAUAUCAAUGAAUAUAUCAGCUCAUCAAA